UUGUCCCCGUACUCCUGUGCCGGGCUCCGGUGCACGGCCCGGCCUGCGGCUCCCGCCCCGCUCAGCGGCGGAGCACGAGGGGCCGGGCUACGGCAGCCGGUGAGGCUCCGGAGGCCGCGGCGGCGCUUCCCGGCUUGCCCCGCGGCACAUUGUACACAAUCAUCAUGGCCGCCGCCGCCGCCGAUGGUACCGAGGAGCCGGGCAUGGAGGUGGAGGCAGCGGAGCCGCCGCUGGGCUGCGGCGGGGAGGGCUCCUCGCCAGCCGCGGGGUCCUCUCCGCAGGGCGAGGAGCGACGGGAGCCGCCGCAGGCGCCCGUCAGCAACGGCGACGAAGGGGAGGGCGGCCGGGAGCUGGUGGAGCUGAAGGUGAUCUGGAACAAGAACAAGUACGACGUGAGGUUCGCGUUGGACAGCACCGGAGCCGAGCUCAAGCAGAAGAUCCACUCGCUCACAGGCCUCCCCCCUGCCAUGCAGAAAGUGAUGUUCAAGGGGCUUCUACCGGAGGAGAAAACGUUGCGGGAAAUCAAAGUCACGAACGGAGCGAAAAUCAUGGUGGUUGGGUCCACUAUCAACGAUGUUCUGGCUGUGAAUACACCCAAAGAGGCUGCUCAACAGGAGGUCAAAGCUGAAGAGAACAAAAAGGAGCCACUUUGCAGACAAAAGCAACACAGAAAAGUAUUGGAUAAAGGCAAACCUGAUGAUGUGAUGCCUUCUGUUAAAGGUAUUCAGGAGCGCCUGCCAACAGUGCCAUUGUCUGGCAUGUACAACAAGUCUGGAGGGAAAGUCAGACUGACCUUUAAACUUGAGCAAGACCAGUUAUGGAUUGGUACAAAAGAGAGAACAGAAAAGUUACCCAUGGGGUCCAUUAAAAAUGUGGUGAGUGAACCUAUUGAAGGACAUGAGGAUUAUCACAUGAUGGCAUUUCAGCUGGGCCCAACAGAAGCGUCUUACUACUGGGUCUAUUGGGUACCCACUCAAUACGUUGAUGCAAUCAAAGACACGGUGCUGGGCAAGUGGCAGUAUUUUUGAAAGCACGCUCACCUCUGGCACAGGAAAAUGACACAAAGCAAAGGACACUGCUGGGAGAGGCCUCUGACAUCCCUGGAUGUGACAGUCCUGGAACUUGUUAAUACACCCUGACAAACGAGGCGUUGAGGGAAGCCAGAGGUGAUGUCCUUUCACCAUUAGUUUACUUUUAACUUAAAGAUUUCACCAUCCCUUUUCUGCAGUCAGCUUCAACCAUAUUUAAAGCAAAUACAAUGGAAAUCAAUAAAUCUGAAUUCACAAAGUAUCAUGUGUAAUACACUUAAAUCUGCUGAGAGUUGAUCUUCCAGUUUAGUUUUUAAAAGAAACUAUGACGAUGUAUUAUGGAGGAUUUUUUACAUGGUUUGAACAAAACCAGCUAUUUUCAUAAUCUUUCAGUUCCAUUUAAUUUCGUGACUUGGUUGUGACUUUCAGAAGCUGUUUUUUUAAGAAUAAACUUUAAGCAGUAUGCAAACUGAUGCUCAGUAAA